AUGGCGGGAAACCUGCCGUUCUUGCCGCCGCCGAAGACGGCGGCGAGCGCGGAGCCGGUGUGCGUAUUCGGCGAGGAGUAUUGCCUGCCGUACGAGACGACGCUGCUGGUGCGCUCGCGCAAGUGGCAAAUGGCCGACGAGUUCGAAGUCACGGACGUGGAGGGCCGCACGCACUUCAAAGUCGAGGACAAGCUGAUGGAGUGGCGCGACAAGAAGACGCUGGUGAACAGCGCGGGCGAGGCGGUGUGCACGGCGGUGGAGAAGGCGCUCACGCUGCACAGCGGCACGCUCAUGAUGCGCGGGCGCGACACCAACACGGACCACUUCGUUGUGCGCACGCGCAAGGUGUCCCACUUGCACCCGCGCAUGGAGAUAUACCUGAAGGAGAACAACACAAGCGUGCCGGACCUCGUGGCAUAUGGCAACUUCAAGAAGCUUGAUUUCAAGGUGUUUAACCCAAGGCGGGUGGCGGUGGCGGAGGUGAGGAUGGAUCCCUUUGGCCCGCGCUCGCACCACUCGCUGCUGCUGGAUGUGAAGGCCCACAUCGACAUGGCACUCAUGGUCAUGAUCCUCGUCAUGGUCACUGAAACCAUGAUUCCGCCGCCCUCACCGCCCGAGCCCAACAACAACUAG